AUGGACCCAAAUUACCUGGUAUCUGCCCUGAACAAUCCGAAUCCUGUGACAGGAUGGUGGCUUGGACGGGAGGAUGAAAAUUCCACCACGGCAUCGACGCAGCAUUCAAGGACAGACAUGUCAAGACCAAAGAGACGAAUUCGUCCCCACAAUAAAUCCCGACGAGGGUGUUUGAACUGCAAAAUCCGGCGAGUGAAAUGUCCGGAGAAUCAUCCUGCUUGCGAGAAUUGCCGGGGAAAGGGCUUGGUCUGUGUAUACCCGCCUGGGCUACAGAACAAGAACGACGUCCAGUACCUUGGAGAUCCAGCGCGGGAUGUCUCAAGCCAACUUGCAUAUCUGCAGCCCCGAAGACAAGCUGCAGAGUUUACCAUUGCUGAUAUGUCUCUCCUCCAACACUUCAUUACCGACGCUCAUCCACACCUGCCGAUAGGUAAUGAUGAUGUCUAUAGGCGAGCGCUUCCGGCGCUUACAUAUAAACAUGAAUAUGUGAUGCAUGCCAUUCUUGCCCUUUCUUCCUCGCAUUUAGCACUUCUAACCGGAUCCGCCCUCCCUGUUGAGGCCUUGGGACAUCGCCAACGGGCGCUCCGAGGACUAAAUCAAGCAAUGUCCCAAGCGCCAGCCGAGGCCAGCGACGCUGACGCAAUGUUGGCAGCUUGCUAUAUAUUGACCUUUCAGUCCUCGUACAUGCUCGAUGGCCUUACUGAUUAUAUCAUGAUGCUCCGGGGUUGCGGCUUAGUGACCGGAUUGAUGCGACAACGGAACCUGCACGGAUCUUUCUCGAUCGAUGCAAAUUCGCAUAUAAAACACAUGGAAGCACAAUUUGGCCAAUUCCCUACAAUCGAUAUUCGGAUUGCCUCGGACGGUAUUCGCUCACUGAGUCUUGUGAAACCUCUGUUACAGCAUCCAGUCGAAGAAAUCUUCUACCGGCUUUUGUUUGACGUCCUCGUUUCUCUCGAACAGUCGGCCUCCUGCGCGGCUUAUCUCCGUUUCACCAACAUCGUGAACGAGUUUAUCACUUUACCCCAAUCCGAGGUCCACCAUGUCCUCGCCCCGGAGAAUCAGAUUUCGCAGGUGUUAAUGGCUCAUUUCCUCGUCAUACUGGCCAUCCUUUCCCCGAUAACGUCGCUGGAAGCAAGCAGUCGACUUUGCAAUGUUCCAAUGGCGGCAAUGUUGUCCUGGGUUGAAAAUAUUUGUAUGCAGAUGUCCGGAAAAAAGGCCGAACGAUACCUUAUAUGGCCCAAAAGUGUGGUGGAAACUAUCCGUGCUAGCACCAGCCGAACGGGUGUGCUGGUUGAUGACGUUCUGGCCUUGAUUUUGAACUCCCCAGAUAGACUCCUCCUAUCAUAA